CGGGGUUGUUGAAUGAUGUGACUGUGGCAUCAGUGCUGCACUGCGCAAUGAAUUGUGUCCUUCAGUAUUGCUUCUCUUUCUCAUUUGAUACGCAAACCAGAACAUGCAAAACGUACGGGAACGACACAUAUAACGAGACGAAAAACUCAACGUCAUUGUUCGGGAGUUAUAUAAUGAUAACAACUGAUCCCGUCGACUGUGGUGAUAUAUGUUGUACGAACUGUUCUGGUGUGUAUCAAAUAACGCCAGUGUCAGGCACUUCAUUUCAUGUGUUUUGCGAUAUAGAUACAACAGGAGGCCCAUGGACUGUAAUCCAACGACGCUUUGAUGGCUCAGUCAACUUUUAUCGAGGCUGGGACGAUUACAAAUUGGGAUUUGGAAAUCCGAGUGGCGAAUACUGGUUAGGUCUAGACUAUAUAUACAGUCUCCUCAGCCUGGACCAACAACUCUAUAUUUACCUGGAAGGAUGGGAUGGCACCACAGGAUAUGCGGCGUAUCAGACAUUUGUCAUAGAGAACGAAACACAGAAAUAUAAGCUAACACUUGGAGGAUUUGACGGCAACGUUGUGGAUCAGUUCGAUAACCACAAUCAGUAUUAUUUCUCCACCUUCGAAGUCGAUAAUGAUAUCAGCACUCGAAACUGUGCAGAAUUUGGACGAGGAGGUUGGUGGUACAGGAAUUGCUACAUGUGCAACCUGAACGGACUCUACACUACGGACACAGGUCUCAAUGUGUCCAGGUCUAUGAACUGGAACUACUUCUACUCUGACAGACGCCAACCACCAUUGAAGAAAACUACCAUGAUGGUGAGAAGGAAAAAUAUACCCUAAAAGAACAAGAAAUAACACGGAAAGAAACUCUAGCUAGCAGCGGAGAUAUGGACUUGCUGUGUGUUUUUUUUUAUUAAAUCUCCCAAUUAUCGGUAAUAUAAGCUUGGGUUGGUUCAAGUAAGUGAGUUCUUGAAGGAAAUUAUUAUUGUCAUAUUUUUGUCUUGUCAUACAGAUUUGUCUACUGCAAACAUAACGAAAUGAGCAAAAAUAAAUCACCUGUGCAAGCCGUACAUUAAAACUAAAUGUUAAACGUUCUAAAUUUGAAAAAUGAAUGUGGUUUGUUUUCCU